UCGGAUCUCUGGCUGUCCCCAUACUUCUAAUCUCAGACUUUAUUAAACUCCUUUCUGAGCCCAAGGACAAAGCUCACUUGAACAGAUGACUGAGUCAUGAAUGAAAACUCUUGCUCUUUCCAUAAUGAGAAAGGAUUAAGAGACGGACAGGUUGAAAGUGUGUGUGCUGCGUAUCCUCCACCAUAUGACAAGGACACCAGUGCUCUUCGGGCUCUCAGAGGAAUUCCUAUCUCAGAGUUGAAGAACCAUGGCAUCCUCCGGGCCCUGACAGCAGAAGCGAAUGGAUGGGAGCCACGUGUUGUGAGUGCAGAGGUGCUCAGAGCCCAAGAAGAAUGGGAAGCUGUGGACAGCAUCCUGACAGAGACAGGGAGCCAGGCCAGCGCAGACCAGCCUGGGCAGCUGAUCUCCUUCAAUGAGGCUCUGCAGCAUUUCCAGACCGUGGACCUCUCUUCCUUCAAGAAAAGAAUCCAGCCAACUAUUCGAAGGACGGGGCUCGCCGCCCUCCGGCACUGCCUCUUCGGGCCUCCGAAGCUCCACCAGGGUCUCCGAGAAGAAAGGGACUUGGUCCUGACCAUUGCUCAGUGUGGCCUGGAUAGCCAAGACCCAGUGCAUGGCCGAGUCCUCCAGACCAUCUAUAAGAAGCUGACUGGCUCCAAGUUUGACUGUGCCCUCCAUGGAGACCACUGGGAAGAUCUGGGCUUUCAGGGAGCGAAUCCAGCCACAGACCUAAGAGGAGCAGGCUUCCUUGCCCUCCUACACCUGCUGUACCUGGUGAUGGACUCAAAGACCUUGCUGAUGGCCCAGGAGAUUUUCCGCCUGUCUCGUCACCAUAUCCAGCAAUUCCCCUUCUGUCUGAUGUCCGUGAAUAUCACCCGCAUCGCAAUCCAGGCAUUAAGGGAGGAGUGCCUCUCCAGGGAGUGUAAUCGGCAGCAAAAGGUGAUCCCAGUGGUGAACAGUUUCUAUGCCGCCACCUUCCUCCGCCUCGCACAUGUCUGGAGGACGCAGCAGAAGACCAUCGCUGACUCUGGCUUUGUCCUCAAAGACUUGGAGGUGUUGGCCAAGAAGAGCCCCAGGCGGCUGCUCAAGACCCUGGAAAUCUACCUGGCUGGAGUGUCAAAGGGACAGGCCUCAUUGUUGGGAGCACAGAAGUGCUUUGGGCUACAAGCCCCUCACUCCAAGGAUCUCACCUUCACAGGCGUGUGUGACCUGCCGCCACAUUCAUCUGAAGGCACGUGGCUGAUCUGACCAGCCCAAGGCUGACGGAGACUUAAAACAUGGGCCACAGGGGCAUUGGGAGGGUGCAUGGCACAUUAUGCCAGGCGUACCCAGGCUGGGCCUGGUCAGGGAAGCCAAGGACCCUCACCCAUGUGAGACAUUAGGGAUAGUUAGACCCACCCCGCUCCCCACAGACCCGCCUCCAGAGCAAGGAUUUGCCAGAAUUGAGUUGAGCUAGUGGAGAGUUGGUUUGCAGGUAAUCUCGACGAGUGGAUGGAUCAUGAGGUGGGAAGGCCCUGCCUGGAUGUUCCCCGUAUGCCCACGCUGAGAGAUAUUCCCACGUCGAGGUGCCAGAUUCUGGCUUGCUGGGCAGCAGGGCUCUCAGGCAAUGGGUGUCCACAGGACAGGGACCCUGGAGCUAGAAUUUGAAGGGAGAAGGUAGCCGUGGCAGCAGCCAGCAGGGGACAGCAUGAACCAGGGCAAGAGGCCUUCUCGCUGUCCUCUCCUGGGCUGGCAUCCCGGCCCCUCUGGGGUCUCUGGCCUGGACUCAUCCCACCCUCCCCUUUCCCCAUCCCUCAGCCCCGCUGUUGAUGACACAGAACCGGCUGUCCUGUCCGGUAGGUGUCUCCAUUGCUGCCCAUCCCAACUGCCCACCAGCUGGGCACCCCCUUGCUGCACACUCCCCACCCCAUGGAGGUGUGCAGUUCCCAUCAGGGAUGGCUUUCUGGAUUGGUUGAAGGAAGGAGGAAAUUCACACACCAGCAGUUUUUGAAUAAAAGAAUUGUUCCAUCCAGGUCAAGGGCCCCAAGAGUUU